CGGGAAUGAAGGGGGGCGGUAACCAUGGCGACGCGCGGCCCGCGUGCGGGGCGACCCGGCACUCCGCGGUGGGAGGCUCGCGUCCAGCCCGAGGGGCCGUGUGUGCUUUGAGCCCGGUGCCUCUCGGGGCGCCGAGGCCGUGUCCCCUCCCCCGUCCCUUUUUCCUCUCGGCUCGGUCUGAAGGAAUCCCCACGGCUCCGCUCGUGGCUGUGGGAGGGGAGGAGAGGCCUCGCUGGGGCAGCGGCGGGAAGGCAGGCCUGCCGGAGCCGAUGCUGUCGUUCCUCUCGCGACGGUGCCACUGUAAUGACUUCCAGUUGGGCCCGGCGUGGUGGAUAUUAAAUCGUGGAUAUUAUGGGGAUUUGGAUAUUCUGCCAGACUACUGAAAACUAAUCAUUAUAGGCCAGCUGCAUCAAAUACAUCAUCUCCAGCAGUUUGGAUGCUAUUGGCACAGCGUUCUGGCAGAAUACCUGCACUCUUUGCAGUAGUUCAGAAGAGGAGAAUUUUCACAAUGCCUGAAACAGUGCAGGAUGACACAAACCCAGGACUGUAUUCGCCGCAUCCUGAAGUGCGUGGGAUGACGCUGCUCAACCGAGAGGCUUUUAAAAGGACACUCGUUGUUCCAGUUCUUAAAGUAAAGAAAGAAAUUGUCCAUACUUUGCUGAAGUCCCUAAAGCAGACGGUACUGCAGCGACCCGGACUGAAGCGAGUGGUUGAGGAUCCAGAAGAUGAAGACAGCAAACUUGUUAUAUUGGAUCCUCAUAAAGUACCAGAAUUCUCAUUGGGAGAGUCAGAGAAAGAGGUAUUAAAACAGCUUCACAUUAGUCCUGAGGUGUCCAAGUACAAUUUGGAGCUGACUUACAAGAAUUUCAAGUCAGAGGAGAUCCUACGAGCAGUCCUUCCUGAAGGCCAGGAUGUCACCUCUGGCUUUAGCCGUGUUGGUCACAUCGCUCACGUGAAUCUGAGAGACCAUCAGCUCCCUUACAGACAUUUGAUUGGCCAGGUUAUAGUUGACAAGAAUCCAGGAAUCACCUGUGUGGUGAAUAAAACCAAUAUUAUUGACAGCACAUACAGAAAUUUUCAAAUGGAAGUGCUUGCAGGAGAGAGCAACCUGGUAACCAAGGUCAAAGAAAAUAAUUUCACAUAUGAACUGGACUUUGCUAAAGUCUACUGGAACCCCCGUCUCUCCACAGAACACGGCCGUAUCGUUGAGCUUUUAAAGCCUGGUGAUGUCCUUUUUGAUGUCUUUGCUGGGAUUGGACCUUUUGCUAUUCCAGCAGCAAAGAAAAAGUGUGUUGUAUUUGCAAAUGAUCUCAAUCCAGAAUCCUACAACUGGCUGCUGCACAACUGCAAGCUGAACAAAGUAGACAACAAAAUAAAAGCAUUCAACAUGGAUGGCAGGGACUUCCUCCUGGGGCCAGUGAGAGAAGAGCUAAGGAAAGAGCUCACACUUGUAAAAGAGCAGAAAGCAGCUUUUCAUAUCGUCAUGAACUUGCCAGCUUUGGCUAUUGAAUUUCUGGAUGUUUUCAGGCAUCUCUUAGUUGGAGAGCCCUGCAGUACUGCUGUCCUCCCCACAGUGCACUGCUAUGGUUUCUCCAAACACGAAAACCCAACCAAAGACAUCCAGGAACGGGCUGAGGCUGCGCUGGGAGCCUCCCUAGAGGGACGCUGCUCUACUUACCUGGUUAGAAACGUUGCUCCAAAUAAGGAGAUGUUGUGUAUAACUUUCCAGAUCCCAGUGGACGUGCUGUACAAGAGGCCCUGCCCUGCUGGAGAAAAACCAGCCCCUAAGCGCCUGCGUACCUGCAAGGAUUCUACUGAAGAAGACAUACAGAGCUGAAAACCAGAGUUCUGGUAAUGACCUGAUUAGUUUGCAUAAGGUGUGCUUAGGUUACCUCUAGUCCUUCCCUUCAAUUGUGCACAGUGUGCUAUAACCUUCCUUUAUGAGCACUGCCUCCUGCAUUCAUUUUUUUUUCAAUUGUGGGAUCAAUUGCCAGAUUGAUACUGUUCUUCUUACUGCAAUAAAUAAAACUUCACUGUUUUUGUACAAAAAUGUAUUGUCAUACUCUGUUAUUUCACACCCUGUCAUGAUUCAGUGACACAGACUGGGACAGUUCUGUGCUGCAGUGUUACUUUAGUACAGUUUGCAGUGAGAACACCUUUGCGCAUGUUGUAGGACCAAGCAGGAUGAUUUGUGUAACCCCCUCAUUUACAGCACAGAUCAGGAUUCUCUUUGAUAAAUGGUCUUUAGGAAUAUUGGAUUACUCUUAGCAUUGGCACAGACAGCUCUACUGAAAGCAAGGCAGCCCUUCAGAGGCUGACCUAAGGUACAGAGAGGCAGCAGAAGCCACAUAUAGCUCCUGGGCUUUUGGAGUAAUAAAUGCUUUUUACCACUAGGAGAUUGAGUUGGGGUUAGGAGCUACUCUAAUGCCAUUUGCACACUUGUACACGUUUUGGUUAAAGCAGCAGACUGAAAACCAGUACGUAGCUGAUGGGUCCUCCUCUCAUUGUGAACCUUUCUCCUCUCUGUGCUUUCUCCAAGCUGUCCCCUACUUCUGAUGCAGCCUCUGGAUGAUCUCUGACUGGCUGCUAGUAUUCUGCAGGGAUUCAAUAAAGCAUUGCCCUUAAUUUCCUUUUCUUCCUUAUCCAAACUAUUGUUGGGCAACGUCAACCGCAGACAAUUUAUUUGGGCAGAGAACUCACGUCACGCUCUCGGUUUCGGAUACUUUCCUUCAGCCUAAGCUCACUCAUAGCAACACUUACCAGAUGUCCCUCAUCCUCCUCCCUGGAGCCCAUACCCUGAUGUCCUGGUGCUCACCAGCCUGCUCAGUGGCUCUGUUACAUUCCUUUUCCUCUGGCUAUACAGCCUGGUUACUGCUAGAUUGCUUUUAUCAAACUAGGGGGAAGAAAAACCAUGAUGACUCACUCAUGCUAUCUGAAAGCAGCUGUACAGAUUGCUUCCCCAGCCUGCCACUCCAGCCCCAGCAUUCCUCCACUGGCCUUAAAAUGGUAUCACAGUGACUUUAACCUAUUUGUCCUUUCUGUCAGUGUCAGUCACAUCAUAUCCUACCAGCCACGGCUCCUCUCAGAGCAGGAGCUGGACUCUUGCCUCCAGGCCACGAUGCUAUCUCUGCUGUCUGAUACAUUCUCUACCACCACAGCACGCUCUCCUCCAGCUUCUCUUUGCAUUUCUCACAAACAUUGCAAAGCUGCUGUUGUUUUUCAGAGCUCUCCAUAAACACCGUGAUGGUGAUAAGGGUGCUGACCAUCCUGGCACGACGCAGUCACCCACUGAGCUGAGCCAACUCCAUGACCUGUAACUGACAGAAUGCAGAGCCCUUUGUGUCUGUUACUUCACAAUCCCAGCUUGGGGCUUCUUGGCACUACUGCAGUGAGAGAAACAAGGGUUUGAUCACCUUUUUGCUGGCUACAUUACACUGAUUUUCAGUAUGUGACCAAAAUUUCCCUGUGCAGGGAGGGUUUUAGCGCUCAGCAGUUUUUUCACUUAAGGAUUAUAUGCUAUAGCAGAAUGAGCUUACAUGCAGGUGAAUGGAUUACAUUUAACUACACUUAAAAUUAGGGGUUUUUUUCAUGUUUGUGUGCAGCGACAACUUUUGCAUAUAAACCUUGCACAUUUAAAUAGCAAAAUUUAGCCAGCGUGCAGCCAAAUGGCAGAAGUACAUGGUACACAUCAGUACACAAGUGCAGUUCUGCAUUCAUUAGGUUAAGAAGCUGAGGCUGUACAGAUUGAAUGGAAACUGGAUCUUCAGUAGGGUGCAUCUCAGGUCCAGGCUUUACAGAUGAGAGGAAAGGAAGCAGAACCUCCAGGGACAGAAGGCUGAAAAGGCCAGACUACAAGAAGAGUACGAGUGGUUUCCAACACGCGCUGCACAGCUGAGGUCUGCAGCACCCGGCCCAAACGCUCCCUUCUCCAGGGCAGGCAGCACUCAGCAGGCUGUGCCUUUCUGCACCUCAGCGUUACCUGUUGACAGCACUUUGCACAGUACAACAGGACUUAAAGAGAAAAUGUUGGCACCUCCCUCCCCCGUCCUUAAUAAAGGAAGCACUGAGUCUGGAA